AUGUACGUGCUUGGCUACGACAUCGAACAUAUCACGCCUGAUGAGGCCCGGAUUCUCGCCGACAUCCAAGCCCGACGAGGGCCAAACCCGCUCCUCCCCCUCGACCUAGCUCUAUUGCAUUCCUAUCCUAUUGCAGAGGGAUGGAACUCGUUCUUUGGAGCAAUCAGAGCCCAAACAACUUUGUCUGCUAAAGUUCGUGAGCUCGCGAUUUGCCGUGUCGCCGUGGUGAACGGUGCAUUGUUUGAAUGGGAGCAACAUGCACCGCUACUACGGAAGAUCGGAACAAAGGAGGAUGUUCUGGAUAUCAUCAAGAAUCCCGAAAUUGAUUUCGCCGACGAAUCAAUCUCUUCCAUCUUGAGCCCUGAGGAUAUCAUCGCCUUAAGAUAUACGGAUGCCAUGACGAAGACCGUCAAAGUUCCCGAUGAAGUGUUUGAGGGCCUGAAGGUGCUCUUUAACCCGCAGCAGGUUCUCGAGCUCACAACCACUAUUGCAGGAUAUAACUGUGUCAGUCGAAUCUUGGUGGCCUUGGAUAUUGGGGAAAGAAACAAUGGGGCCGACGAGUGGCUCAAAACAAGGGGCUUGUGUCUUUAA